UUCGAACGACCAUGACAUUUUCGCCGCCGAUCAUUCGCCCUCCCCGUCCAGACCUACCUCUCCUCAUCGAACUUCGGCCGGACUAGAACCUGGGCAAGGAUACGGUACCGUCGAUGCCACCCCAGGCAAGGGAAAGAACACCGUCAAGCAAGCGAUGCGACGGUGGGAUUCUGAACGGACGAUCACUAGCGGGAACGCUUUUGACCAGUCCACCAAAGAUUACAGAGGUUGGACCGGUCCCGUGCCUGCCGAAUCGGACGAGAUCAAGGAGAGCGAAGUCAGCUUGAACGAGGAGAGCGAGACCGAAGAAGACCUCCCUCGGGCCGACGUUCAGCCUCUGAGAAAGGCGUCGGCGAUAUCCCUACGACUCCCUACCGAAUUUUCAAGAGGAAUCCCAGGAAGAGGUCUCACCCCACUUUCACCCGGCUCGAACGCACAAGAACCGACCAGCUCCACCCCGCUAGCGAAACCUGGUCGAGCGAGCAACUUGUCGGCCCUCUCUACGCCUGUGAGGAGGGACGCUCGACAAGGCAGUUUCGCCUCUUACAACCGGGGUAUAAGGAGGGGGAGCAUGACGUUGGCUCUGAGCCCGGGCGCUCAGGAACAAGCGGUCUUGCAAGCGAGAAAGAUGAGCGUGGGCGUAAAGGAUAUCAAGGGCAGACAGGUCGAAGUCGGAAGGAGCACCAGCGGGCAGACCAUGUUCAACGCUAUCGCCGUCCUGGUCGGGAUCGGUGUCCUCUCUGAGCCUUUGGCAUUUGCCUACGCAGGUUGGAUCGGCGGGACGGCGCUUUUGAUCUUUUUCGGUUUCGUAACAAAUUACACGGCAAAACUCUUGGCUGCGAUCAUCAUGUCCGAUCCCGAUUGUCAGGGUUAUAGUGAUCUGGGAAUCAAGGCUUUCGGCUGGAAAGCUAGGCUCUGGGUCGAUGUACUAUUCUGCUGCGAACUCUUCGCCCUGGCCAUCGCUUGGAUUGUCUUGCUUGGAGACUCGCUCGAGGCUCUCUUGGGUCACUUUUCCUCGGAUGGAUGGAAGAUCGUCGGGUUCUUCAUAGUUGCCCCUACAACGCUCCUGCCACUCCACCUCCUCUCCAUCCCAUCUCUCAUCUCCCUCUUCUCCUCGCUCCUCUUGAUCGUCAUCUUGCUCAUCGACGGCUUCAGCAAGAAUGCCGCCCCGGGAAGCAUCCUCCACCCGGUUCAUACCAAUUUGGGACCGCAGAUGGAGAAUUACAACUUUUUGGGAGGUCUGGGUCUGCUCAUCGCGGGAUUCGGCGGACAUGCCAUCAUCCCCAGUUUGGCUAUCGACAUGAAGUCUCCGGAAAAGUUUGACCGUGUCGUCAACUGGGCCUUUGGCAUCGCCUCGAUCAUCUUCGCCAUCAGCGGGACGGCCGGCUACCUCAUGUUCGGGGAUAGCGUCUCCGAUGCCAUCAUGAAGGACCUAUUGUUGCCGCAGUACGGGUUCUCUAUCCCCCUCAACCAGGUCGCCACCUGGAUGAUCGUCAUCAAUCCGAUUGCCAAAUUUGCGCUGUGUUGCCGACCUCUCAACCUGACCGUCGAGACGCUCUUGGGCAUCAACUCGGUUCCGCCUCCACCUCACGAUCACAAGGGCAAGACUGGCCUCAUCACCGAGCAGGACCCUAUGGAGAGCGCAUAUACAAUCACGACCGGUGCUUUCCCCGUCCAGCCCACCGAUGAUGACGCGCCUAGCGACUAUGUCAAGUCGGAGAAGCGCAAGACGUUCAUGCGGGUCGUCGCUCGAGGCGGAGUGACGGCCGCUUGCGUAGUGGUCGCCAUCAUGCUACCAGAGUUUGGCAGGCUGAUGGCGUUCUUGGGAAGUUUCACGACGUUCUGCAUUUGCGUUCUCUUGCCCGUAAGUCGAAGCCGGAUCGCGCAGACUGCACCGUAACACACGUCUGAUAUAAUGAUGCUCUCGGUAGAUCGCUUUCUAUACCGCCAUCGUUCCCAAGGAAGAACGUGGUGGUCUCAGAGACUCGAUCCAUCUUGUCAUAUUCAUCAUCUCGUUGGCAAUGUGUAUAGCAGGAACGGGUUGGGCGUUCGUGACGGGUAACACCGCCUAGACGAGCUCGGUGUAUAUACCCUGUCUGCUUAACUUGGGGUUGGAGGAAGGAGGUCGUCCAUCUAAUUACAUACCAGGAUAUC